CGCAACUUUGAUGGCCGUAACUUCCUUUUCCGGAAUGCGCAGCGCUUGCGCGAAGUUUCCCUCUGAAACUAAAAUUGGCGAAAAAUCAACAUGAGAGAUCAACAGCAGAACCCAAAUGCAUACCCCAGGAACCAGCCCAAUCCCGACGAGCGUGUUGAUGGCAAUGCGCAGCUGCCGGUGCACCACUAUCCGGGCGAUCUGGACGAUUCCGGAGGCCAUGGCACUCCGUUGUUACCAGUGGUGUAUUGGCCAUACUACUACUACAUACCACAGGAGCAAGGGAACGACUUCGCGCCUUUUGGCAACACGCCGGGCUUUUACCGCAACGGCUGUUGGUACAACAGCGAAUUGGGUCAUCGACCUGCCGCGGAUCCACCGCCGGAUUCUGCUCCCCCGCCGUACCUCUUUCUGCUGGUCCAGGUGGUGUUCGUGCCAGGAGAACCACAGAUGGUCGUCGCAGUCCAGCAGCCACAGGCCAAUGAAAUCAUACAGCAGGUGCCUCCACCUCCGCCUCCACCUGCACCUGCACCUCCACCGCAACUGCCAUUAGCGCCACCAUACCCAAUUGUGGCCAACGAUCUUCAUAGGGAGGCGAUCUAUAUGAUGCCCGAGCAGCAGCCCCAUUACAUACCUGCACAGAAUCCGCAACCACAACCCUUUUAUGCGCUGCAAACAGCUGCGGCUCCACCGAUUCCAACAGCCCAGGAAUUUCCACAACACCCUCCACCACAAUAUCUACUGAUUCAAAGCGAUCCUCCUCCAGCGCAGAUGCAGAUGCAGAUGAAUCAAGGAUACAUUCAGGAAGCCGAACAACAACCACCUUCACAACUAUUGACUUCGGCUCCACCUUCGCAAUCACAACCCUUUUAUGCGCUGCAAACAGCUUCGGCUCCACCGAUUCCAACAGCGCAGGAAUUUCAACAACACCCUCCACCACAAUAUCUACUGAUUCAAAGCGAUGUUGCUCCACCCCAGAUGCAGAUGCAGAUGCAUCAAGCCCAACAACAACCACCUUCGAAACAUUUGACUUCGGCUCCACCGAUUCCAACAGCGCAGGAAUUUCCACAACACCCUCCACAACACCCUCCACCACAAUAUCUACUGAUUCAAAGCGAUCCUCCUCCAGCGCAGAUGCAGAUGCAUCAAGGAUGCAUUCAGCAAGCCGAACAACAGCCACCUUUAAAACAUUGGACUUCGGCUCCACCGAUUCCAACAGCCCAGGAAUUUCCACAACACCCUUCACCAGAAUAUCUACUGAUUCAAAGCGAUUUUGCUCCACCGCAGAUGCAUUUACAAGUCGAUGGCGCCCACGAUCUACCCUCACAGCUUCUUGCUCCGCAUCACCCAGCUCCGCAUCACCAAGCUCCGCAUCAACCAGCUCCGCAUCAUCCAGCUCCGCAUCACCCAGCUCCGCAUCACCAAGCUCCGCAUCAACCAGCUCCGCAUCAACCAGCUCCGCAUCACCCAGCUCCGCAUCACCAAGCUCCGCAUCAACCAGCUCCGCAUCAACCAGCUCCGCAUCACCCAGCUCCGCAUCACCAAGCUCCGCAUCAACCAGCUCCGCAUCAUCCAGCUCCGCAUCACCCAGCUCCGCAUCACCAAGCUCCGCAUCAACCAGCUCCGCAUCAUCCAGCUCCGCAUCACCCAGCUCCGCAUCACCAAGCUCCGCAUCAACCAGCUCCGCAUCAUCCAGCUCCGCAUCAUCCAGCUCCGCAUCACCAAGCUCCGCAUCAACCAGCUCCGCAUCAACCAGCUCCGCAUCAUCCAGCUCCGCAUCACCAAGCUCCGCAUCAACCAGCUCCGCAUCAUCCAGCUCCGCAUCACCAAGCUCCGCAUCAACCAGCUCCGCACCAUCCAGCUCCACUCACCAAUUGUGAGUCUGGAUGCAUUCAGGAAGCCGAACAACAACCACCUUUAAAACAAUCGACUCCACAAAACACAGCCCCAUUAACAGGAGAUCCUGCUCCACCGCAGAUGCAUCAAGGAUGCAUUCAGGAAGCCGAACAACACCCACCUUCGAUACAAUCGACUCCACAAAACACAGCUCCAUUAACAGCAGAUCCUGCUCCACCGCAGAUGCAUUUACAAGUCGAUGGCGCCCACGAUCUACCCUCACAGCUUCUUGCUCCGCAUCAUCCAGCUCCGCUUCAUCCAGCUCCGCAUCAUCCAGCUCCGCAUCAUCCAGCUCCGCACCAUCCAGCUCCGCAUCACCAUGCUCCGCACCAUCCAGCUCCUCAUCAUCCAGCUCCGCAUCACCAAGCUCCGCAUCAUCCAGCUCCACUCACCAAUUGUGAGUCUGGAUGCAUUCAGGAAGCCGAACAACAACCACCUUUAAAACAAUCGACUCCACAAAACACAGCCCCAUUAACAGGAGAUCCUGCUCCACCGCAGAUGCAGAUGCAGAUGCAUCAAGGAUGCAUUCAGGAAGCCGAACAACACCCAUCUUCGAUACAAUCGACUCCACAAAACACAGCUCCAUUAACAGCAGAUCCGGAUCCACCGCAGAUGCAUUUGCAAGUCGAUGGCGCCCACAAUCUACCCUCACAGCAUCUUGCUCCGCAUCAUCCAGCUCCGCAUCACCAAGCUCCGCAUCAUCCAGCUCCGCAUCAUCCAGCUCCGCUUCAUCCAGCUCCGCAUCAUCCAGCUCCGCAUCAUCCAGCUCCGCAUCAUCCAGCUCCGCAUCAUCCAGUUCCGCUUCAUCCAGUUCCGCAUCAUCCAGCUCCGCAUCACCAAGCUCCGCAUCAUCCAGCUCCACUCACCAAUUGUGAGUCUGGAUGCAUUCAGGAAGCCGAACAACAACCACCUUUAAAACAAUCGACUCCACAAAACACAGCCCCAUUAACAGGAGAUCCUGCUCCACCGCAGAAGCAUUUAGAAGUCGAUGGCGCCCACAAUGUACCCUCACAGCAUCUUGCUCCGCAUCAUCCAGCUCCGCAUCAUCCGGCUCCGCAUCACCAAGCUCCGCACCAUCCAGCUCCGCAUUAUCCAGCUCCGCAUCAUCCAGCUCCGCAUCAUCCAGCUCCACUCACCAAUUGCGAGUCUGUAUCUCCGGAACCAGAGCCAAAGAACAUACAGUCCAAGAUUCAGACCACUGAUAUGUUACCAGAAGCGACAACUGAGGCACCCAUGGUCACUGCCCAUUCGGAGCCAAUUAAUCGGGCACCCAUCACUAACUCCUUACCGGAGCAGGUGCCCCAGUGCCCACUGACCACCAGUGCAUCCUGCGCCUCUGCCGAUGCCACUAUGCUGGAAAACAUGUGUAGCCAAAUGAAAUGUUUACAAAUUGCUGCGGCGCAAGAUAAAAAUCAGCUCGCGAUCCGGAUGCCCCAAAAGUCAGAGGUCUUUGAGAAGCAGUGGCCCGCAUUGGGUAGCCGUUCGCGCAACAAACAGGCUGCCAAAAAGGAUCCUGUUCCACAGAAAAGGAGGUGCCCGAACUCAGGAUCAGCUUAUUCAGUUAACUCACAUGUUCAACAGAUGAGGACCAACAAAUCUGAAGUCCCAAAACCACCAGUAACCCAUUCCAAGCACCAAUUACCCAGGGAAAACAGAGUUUGUGCUUUGCCACCAAGGAACCAACCUUUACACGGUAAUCAAGGUAAAAAAGAAAGGAGCUCUCAAGGAGCGCCUCCAACUUCGCCUGCUCCAAAGAACAAAAAAGCCAAUAUUCCUACGCCGUCGCAGGAGGCAAAGAAAGUGGUCAGUAAUACUGUGAAAACCCCAGUCGUUAAAAAACCUGAGGAGACCAAACGAGAAAUCCCGAUGACCGACUCAAAAGCUCUGGGAUCGAACAUGUUCGAGCUUCUGGUAGAGCCAGAUCCGCUCUGUAAGGAGGAAGACAACGAAGACGACAGCGACGGAGACACUUCAGAGCAAGAAGAGCCAAAAGCGGAGGAUGUUGGUCCACCAAAGAGUACCAGCUCCAAGAAGGAGAAGCGGCGCCUCAAGAAACAGAACACGGCUCUUAAAAAGCAGCGCCAAUGCAAGAAACUGGCCGAAAAGGAGGCGCAGCGGGCCAAGAUGCGAGUCUCGACUCCUAAACCAGGUGCUUCGUCGCCAGGUGAACAGAAUGCCAAAGUUCCGGAAAAGCGGAAUCUGUUCGAGCACAAGCACAAGCCACAUCGAAUUAGGAAUCAUGACCAAGUCCAAACAUCAGAACCAACACUUCGGCUGCGUAUCCACGGCUCAGAUGCUGCCCCAUCGCAAGUGGCAAAGCAGAAACGCAAUCCACAGCCUCAGCCUCAGCCACCUCCAGCCAAGAAGGUGGCAUCAGGAGUGGUGGCCAAGGAUGAUACCAAGCCAAAUCCAAAUCGAGAUAAGAUCGUGAAACCCCAGCGAAAUGCCGAUGAGGUGGCAGCAUCAGCAUCAGAAUCAGGAUAUGGAUCAGCCAUCUAUGAACAUAACAUUUGGGAAUUUAGUCUGAGUCCUGGCGCAGAUAUUAGCCUGCCACUCCUUCACUUGCAUGCUGGAGAUGAGAGUAAAGGUUUAUAUCCCAAUUGUGGGGCACUUUAUGAAUUAUUUUGUAUUCCACCCGGCGAACCAGGACAGUAUCAUCGAUAUCGAUCGGAAUACUCCAGAAAACAGCGGAUUGACUGGGUAAACUACAGAUAUCGCCCGUUUCCUUCGCAGCGCCAAUUGAAGCGCUGUCACAUCAUCAAGACCUGGUUAUAGUUCAUAUGCAACUCGAAGUUCAAAUGAAACUUGUGAUUCGAUUGGACUGAUUCAGAAUCGUCCAUUGAGCAGAACAAAGACUUUACUCUUUACACUUUACACUUUUUACUUUUUACACUUUGUACUGCCCUUUGUAAACUUGUAUAGAUCUCAUCUAAUAAAAGUUUUCAUAAACGCGUUCUGCUAAUCCUGUUAAAUACCUCCUGCUGGUGCACUAAGUUUCGGAUUGGAGAACGUGUGAGUUUCCACAACUGGGACUGGGACUGGGAUUCGGUAAGAUAAUGCACCCAACUGACAACUGCUUUAUGAUCUCAUCCCGCUUGGCUGUAGCCUGAUCUCUUCCAGAUCUCGUCCGGUUUCAUCCAAGACGAAUGCCGAUUGCAAUGCUUCUUAGGCCCGAGACUUAGCCACAGUUUGAACUACUAUAAUUAAGUGUCGAAGGGAUUACCAACGCC